CUUAAUCUAUUCCAUUACCAGCUGGUGAUAAAUCAACAAUGCACACUUUAAAGUCAGCUGUUGGCCGUGGUGCGUGUGCGAGUGUUGGUGUGUGCGCGUGUGUACGUCAGGGUGGGGGAGGGGACGAGCGUUUCUGUUCAGUCCUUGCGAGACCUUUGCUCUGGUGUCAUGUCUUGUACGCUGUUUGCAUGGGAGGGGUUCUAACCCCACCCUUUGCAAACUAUGCAAACCCUUUUCUUCUGGCUCGUCUUCACGUUGAUUACCCACACGACCGGAGCCUCUUGGGUCGGCAGCCAGGUGGUGAUGGACCCUACAGUGUUGUGCAAGAAGACGCGUCGUCUGCGAGGCAGGAUGGCGGACAUCUGCAAGCACGAGCCUGCCUUGCUGAAGGAGAUCUCUCGCGGUGUACAGCUGGGCACCCGGGAGUGUCAGUUUCAGUUCAGGAACCGCCGCUGGAACUGCACGACCGCCCGCCGCAGUCUCAAGAAAGUGCUCAUGAGAGACACCAGAGAAAGCAGCUUCAUCAACGCCAUCAUGGCUGCUGGUGUGACGUAUUCUGUGACCAGGGCUUGUACCUUGGGGGACCUCAUAGAGUGCUCAUGCGACAAAACUAUCAAAGUGGCGAGGUAUGUUACAGGGAGGACCAAUGCCCCGGACGCCCCCCUGGAUGGCGAGUGGGAGUGGGGUGGUUGUGGAGACAACGUCAACUUCGGAUACCGAAAGUCCCGAGCGUUCCUGGACUCUCCUUAUCGCAGAAGGAGUGACAUCAAGACACUCGUCAAACUCCACAACAAUGACGCUGGACGGCUGUCUGUGAAGAACUUCAUGCGCACAGAGUGUAAGUGCCACGGGCUCAGCGGUUCCUGUACAUUGAGGACUUGCUGGAGAAAGAUGCCAUCCUUCCGCGACGUUGGCAACCGUCUCAAGGAGAGGUUCGACGGCGCCGCCAAGGUGAUUCCCAGCAACGACGGGCGUCGCUUCAUCCCAGAGGGCGCCACCAUCAAACCCCCUGGCAGGACGGACCUGGUCUACUCCGAGGAGUCCCCGGACUACUGCAAGCCCAACAGGAAGACAGGGUCUCUAGGCACCCAGGGUAGGGAGUGCAACGCCACGUCCCCCGGAGUGGAGGGAUGCGAACUCCUGUGCUGUGGACGAGGGUACAAGACCAGGAAAGUCCUGGAGAAGACCAACUGCAACUGUGUGUUCAAGUGGUGCUGUGAAGUGACGUGCAAAACGUGCGAGACGCUACGAGCGGUCAGCACGUGCCGUUAGAAUUGGCGGGAACACACCCGCGAAAAAUGUGUGAGCUGGAAACAUGAACGGCGGAGUGCGAAAGGUGCUUCUUCGAGUUAACCUAUAGAACUGUAGAUGUAAGCGUGUUUGGAAGAAACGAAAAGUACGUGCCAUUAUAUUGGAAGGAAUCGCUAUGGAAUGAAAAGAUCGGCCGCGUAAGUAACAUGGACGGCGUUAACGGUGGGAAAUGUUUGAAAGGAACUUCAGUCAAAUUAACCUAUAAAUCAACAAAGAGGAUACAAUCGGAAGCAAGAUUUUUGACAAUAAAUUGAUCUCGAAUACGCUAAUUUGAAACAUAGUGUAGGCAAAAAUAAGAAAAUAAGAAAGAAGAGCUAUAAAUAAUUCUAACCAUUUUUUUACAUACGAGUAUUUCUGGCUCCAUUUAAGUUUGGUUGCGGUGAUCGUUUAGUAGAUUGGAGAUACUAAGCCAAACU